AUGCAAAACAUCCCAAAAAUGCGUCAAUCACUUAUUUUUGCGAUCAUUGGUUGUUUGAUGGUUGCAAUGAUGAUGAUGAUGGUAGUGGACGGAGCUGUUCAGAUGAGAGGAGCCUCUGCUGCUGCUUCAUCAUCAUCAUCAGUGAAGGCUACUAAUGGAACAAAGCCUGGUACUUUUGAAAGAAUUCUUGUUGUUAAUUUUGAAAAUCAACCAUUAGAAUUGACCAUGAUGCAUGAAUAUUUCCGUCAAGUGGCUACCAAGAUUGGAACCUUGUUGUCUGAAUAUUAUGGAGUUACUCAUCCUUCUCAACCAAAUUAUUUAUCACAAAUUGCUGGUGAUUAUUUUAAACAUAAUACUGACAGUAAUGUCAAUGUUAAUGCCACAACUAUUGUUGAUUUGUUGGAAGCAAAGGGAUUGACUUGGAAAUCAUAUCAAGAAAAUUAUCCAAAGGAAAAUUCUGGAACUGGAAAUUGCUUCAUUGCUCAAUAUAGCACUGAUAAGAAGUAUUAUAGAAAACACAAUCCAUUCAUGACCUUUGAUAAUAUUAGAAAUAAUCCAAAUAGAUGUAAGAAUAUUGUCAGUUCUGAUCAAUUGGAUUUGGAUAUUGCUUCUGGAAAUUUACCAAACUUGAUGUAUUACACUCCAAAUAUUGAUAAUGAUGCUCACAAUACUGGACUCGAUUAUGCCAACAAUUACUUAGCUCAAUGGUUGCCACCUAAAUUGAAUAAUCCAAAAUUCAUGAAAGGCACUCUUAUUUUCAUCACAUUCGAUGAAGAUGACUACAUGUUCCGUAAUCAUAUCUAUGCUGUUGCUAUUGGUGAUAUGGUUCAACCUGGAGGAGUUGACAAGAAUACUUAUAACCAUUUCUCUCUUUUGAGAACCAUUGAAGAUAAUUUCCAAUUAGGAAAUUUGGGAAGAAAUGAUGCUCUUGCUUCCUCAUUCAAUUGUUUCAAAAACUAAAUAAACUAUUUAUUG